AUGAAUUUGCCAAUACUUGGACGAUAUUCAACAAAACUAAUCGUUUUCUUCAACUGUAUUUUCAUUACAUUUGGCAUGAUUGUGAUUGCAUUCGGUAUGAAACUACCAAGUAAACUAUUUGGAUAUAAGAGGAUAUUGCAAGCAACCAUACCACCCAUCUUUCCAACGGCUACUUUCUCAGGAAGUCUCAGUAUAUUAGCUGCAUGUAUUGGAAUAUUAAGAAUAUUGAAUGAAAGAAACAUGAUUAUGUAUCUGCAUCUGUUUACUUUGACUAUUGUAAUGCUUAUUGAAAUAGGCAUAGCAACAUCAUCCACGUUAAUGAAAGAUCAAUUCUUCACUGAAGCUCAUCGUUCGUUGAAUAUGAGUGUUCAAAAAUAUUGGACAAAUCUUUGUUAUCAAAUAGAAUUCGAUAAUUUACAAAUAAGAUUUCAUUGUUGUGGUGCAGAUUCAUCUAAUGAUUAUCUCCACGUCAAACAACUAAUACCGACUUCAUGUUUAUCUGGAAUAAAACCAUAUUCACUGGGAUGCGUUGAUGCAUUGAAUAUACUUGUGCAAUAUUAUAAAGUGAUACUGAUCUAUUUAUGCUUCAGUAUCGGAAUCAUUCAUGGUGUUUACUUGCUUUUCUCAUUUCUGAUGAUUUGUAUAUCUAAAAUUGGAAAAAUUGGAUCACCAAAAACCUGUUGUUCAGAUCAAACGAAGACUAUUGAUGAGGAUUGA